AUGUCGAAUGCAAACACCGAUCAGGCAUCAACCAUAGUUUCUAUCGAACUUGUAUUCGCCAUCCUAAUUAUGAUUAUCACGGCUCUUGUUGGCAUUCCAGGAAAUUUUCUGGUGCUUUGGAUUACCGGUGUAAAGGUGAAGAGGACACCGAUGAACAUUUGGUUUUGGAACCUUGCUCUGGCUGAUAUGACUUGUUGUCUAACCUUCCCAUUCUUCAUAGUCCAAUUCUUCUAUGACGAAUGGUUGUACGGACCUGCCCUCUGCAAAAUUAUACCGUCCACCAUUGUCUUCACCAUGUUUGCCAGCAUUUUCACCCUGGUGGCUAUAAGCAUUGACCGUUGUAUUCUGGUUAUCCAACCGGUGUGGGCCAAAAACCAUCGCACCCUACGAAUGGUCUGGAUAAUAUGCUUGGCUAUUUGGACGCUGUCCUUCUUGAUGUGCCUACCCGUUGUCCUUUACCGAACAACCUUCACAGAGAAAAACCUUACACAAUGUGGUUAUAGACAAAUGGACCUUCAGCACAGUAACGGAAGUGACAUUAAUGUGGAAACCUAUGUGAGCUUUCCAGAUAAGACAGUUACAUAUACGCGCAUUAUUUUUGGUUUUCUGAUACCUUUAUUAAUCAUCUCUGCCAGUUAUGCCAGGCUGGCUUCUAAAAUAAAACAGACCAGGUUUGUAAAGGUUGGCCGCAAAACUACCAAAGUGGUAAUUUGUAUUGUCAUAGCAUUUUGUGUGAGUUGGACUCCCUACCACAUAAUGGGCAUUAUCCUGCUGUACAGCAACAAGGAAAAUCCUGUGGUGACCAAUCUGGAUUAUCUCUCCCAAGUGUUGGCCUACUCCAAUAGUUGUAUCAACCCAAUCCUCUAUGUCUUCCUGGGUAAAGAUAUGAAGAGCAGGGUGCGACAGUCACUUCGGGAGCUCAUGGAAAAUGUAUUUACCGAAGAGCUGACAAAAAGUACUGAUCACAGAAGAGCAAAAUCACGACAGAAGAAAGCAUGCAAUUAG